AUUAGUUACAGUAAAACCAUUUAUAUACGUACACCAAUUUCAAAGUUGAUAUUUCAUUCUCUCUCUCAAGUGCAGAAAAAUGUCUCAGAAAAGAGAUGGUAGUGCAAGUCCAUCGGAUGAAGAAAUGAAGAAAAAGGUGAAACUUGAUGCAUCUUCAUCAAGUGGAUCAGCUUCUGUGAUUGGAACGCCUACUAAUGAAGAUGGCUCGAAGCCAUUAAUGGAAUCCAGUGCAAGUUUCCCAGAUGAAGAGAAGAAGAAGAAGAAGAAGAAGAAGGAGAAGAGGGGUAGUUCAUCGGCAAGUUGCACCGGCAAAGACCAGUCUUUCGGAAAGAUGAAUAGGAGAACCCUCCUCUACAAGAAGAGCUUAACCCUUGACGAUGUCACCAAGUUCAAGAUCAUGAUUCCACUAGAAUCUGGUAGAAAAUUUCUCGCAGAACCUGAGAAAAUUGACGGAAAAUAUCAGAGCAAAAUGGUGUUACUUAUGGACCAUGACCAACAGAUCUGGCCGAUGGAGGUUUCAUUCGAAGAGCUGAGCAGCUCCUACGUGCUUUGUUUGAACUGGGACAAAUAUUUCAGGAGAUAUGAAUUGGAGGCGGAGGAUGUGAUUUUCUUAUAUUUCGACCCCGAAAUUCCCAGUUUUGGUCACUUCCUGAUUGAAUAUGAAAAAAAAGGGUGCUUUUGAUCCGCCUGCAAGUGCAACUCGAGCCCAUUAAUGAAGAAGAAACCCAGGUCUUAAUUUACAAGAAAGUGAAAUUCAGAAUUUUCUUUCAUGAAUAUUUUAGCCCUCUAUCCCUCUUUUAACCUCUUCUUGGUUGCCAAUAAAAGGUGGAAAUUAAGAAUUAUGCCA